UACAUCCUUGCGCUGCCCCAAUCGAAGUACGAACAGUUGUAACAGACCGUUGUGGAGAACGGACGAUAUGAACGUAGAAAACAAAGUUUUUUUGAUAACUGGUGCUGCAACCGGCAUCGGCUCUGGCGUGGCCCGUGCUUUAGUGAAGAAGGGCGCUAAGCACGUAGUUGUACUUGAUGUAAAUACGGUCGCAGGAGAGGAGUUACAAGAGGAAUUAAACAACAAAUAUGGGGCUGGUAAAUUACUAUUUAUUAAGUGUGAUGUGACAUCUGAGCUAGAUGCCGCUUUUGAUGAGGCAAGAAAACAAUUCGGUUAUAUCGACGUUGUUAUAAAUAAUGCUGGACUCAUGAAUGACAGGCCAAAUAUUUACGAGAAGGAAAUAGCUGUGAAUGUGACAGCGCUAAUAACUGGGUCGUUGAAGGCAUAUGAAUGGAUGCGAAAGGACAAAGAUGGCAAGGGCGGAACGAUCAUCAAUAUUUCAUCAAUAGUCGCUCUGAUUCAAAGUCAUAUCCUGCCCGUUUACAGCGCAACGAAGAGCGCUGUUUUACAAUUCAGCAAUUGCUUAGGCAAAGAACAAAACUAUUCUCGAACGGAUGUUCGUGUGCUAUCAAUUUGUUUCGGUAUUACCGAUACUAAUUUAAUACGUGGAAGAGUUGGAUGUAUUGACGAGGAACUGGAGGAGGAAAUGAUGGUUGCAUUGCAGCACUUCCCUUCUCAAAGCGUAGAAUCGGCUGUCCAAGGUCUUAUAACGGCAUUCGAAAGCGGCGCAAGCGGUAGUACUUGGUUAAUAACAACGAACAGACCUGCUGAAGAAAUCACCGGCAACGUAGUCAAGGCAUUUGAUAUUUUACGUCAAGGCGUUUUUUAAAUUUAUAUUUAUCAAAGUUGAUAUGUUGAAGAUUUUUUAUCACUUUUAUACGUACUCAUAUAUUACAUUUAUAAUAUUCACAUAGAUCGAUAUUUUAACACAUAUAAGUCUUAAUUUAUAAAUAUUGUUUAGCGAUAGUCGGUAAUGCAAUGCUGCAUCUUCUUCUUUCGAAUGUCAAAUCAAUAAUGACAGAAAGAGCGAAAUAACUGUUAAACAGUCGCUAGGCAAUAAGUAAGGCCGUAUGUUCCAAUGAGCACGUAAUUGUUUUUAUAUCUGAAAUAACUAUAUCACAAACUUCAAUUAUCAAUUAUUUUAAUACCUAAGUAUGUAUACAAGAAUAAUAUAUUUGUUACAUUUUA